UGUGAUAAUAAUAAGAAUGCGAUUGAAUUGCCGGAAGUGAGAGACAGUCCGCCAGACGUACGACAAGAAUACGAAACGGUUUCACAACUCAUAAGAAGUGAAAACUUUGAAAGCGUUUCACUGAUUGUCGACAAACUGAGCAAAAGUCUCAACAAAAACACUACAAUUCCUAAUGAGAUCUCAUUUGUGGUGAACAAAGAGGAAUGUUUCGGAUUAUUGGGAACUAAUGGCAGCGGAAAGACGACAACCUUUCGACUACUGACCGGUGAUCUCAACGCAGACUCCGGUAACGCAUACCUGGGCUCAGACGCAGACCUACUGACAAAUAAAAGACAAUUCUACUCACGAGUGGGUUAUUGUCCACAAAAUGACGCCCUUUUGGAUGGACUGACAGGCCGUCAAACACUGGUCUUCUUCGGCCGCAUCAGAGGUGUUGAGCGGAAAGCCUUAGAAAAGUUUGUCUCAAAUAUAUGUGUUUUGUUUGAAUUGAAAGCAAUUCUCGACAAAAGGGUUACGACUUAUAGCGGCGGCAAUCGUCGCAAACUAUCGCUGGCCGUCGCACUCAUAGGCCGUCCCCUCGUCCUACUGCUCGACGAGCCGACCACUGGUGUCGACCCCGACUCCCGACUCAGCAUUUGGUGUCUAUUACGAGAUCUCAUGGUUUGCCAAAAGGUGUCGAUUGUGUUGACUUCGCAUAACAUGACUGAAUGUGAGGCCCUUUGCAGUCGUUUAGCGAUUGUCUCCAAAGGGGUCCUCAAAGCCAUCGGAUUCACGGCUCACUUGAAGUCCUUUUACGCCAAAGGCUUUGAUCUGAUCGUCAAAGUGAAGAGCGAUUCAAACGAAGUGAUUGUCGACGAACAUUUGGAGCUAUCGUAUCGUUACGUGAAUGAGAUGUCAGUCGCAUCCCUGGCCGGUAUGAGACGCAUACAGACAUUGGAGAUGUGGGAUACGGGACACGGAUUUAAUGGCCAUAAGAUUAUGGAUGAGAUUAUUAGCCUAAACCCGAAGUCGUGUAUUAAAUCCAUUGUAUUCAAUGAGAUCGAUAUAUUUAAUGUUAAUUUAGGCAAUCAUUUAUUGUGA